CUUGGAAACACAGGCUCUGUUUAGCACAAUACUGAGACUCGAUUCCUGCUCUCGUUCAGUCCGUUAGACGGUGGAUUGAUGAAUCAUGGUUGACAACCGCUUCGCCACGGCCCUGGUGAUCGCCUGUGUGCUCAGCCUCCUGGCCUCCGUGUACCUGUGCGUGGCCCUCGGGACGCAGCACUGGUACCUGUACAGCAGCCCCGCGGCGCGCGAGGCCAACGCGUCCGACCUGCGCGCGCUCUACGAAGAGUUUAUGGACGGAGAGUUUGACGAGAAAACCUACAGUGACACUCUGUUCAGGCUCAACGGGACCGUGGGCCUGUGGUGGCGCUGCGUGUCCGUCCCGUCCAGCGCGCACUGGUUCAAGGAUCCAGAUACCAAGUUUGUCCUGGAGUGCCGAAGCUUCACUCUGCCUCAGCAGUUUAUACCCAAGUACAAAGAACCGGGCAAUCACAACAGUGGAGAGGACCUGCUGCGCACCUAUCUGUGGAGGUGCCAGUUCCUUCUACCUCUGGUGUCUUUGGGUCUGAUCGUUUUAGCAGCGCUCAUUGGGUUCUGUGCCUGUCUGUGCCGAAGCCUCACCCCAACCUUGGCCAUAGGAGUGUUUCACUUAAUUGCUGGUCUGUGCACUUUGGCCACAGUGUGCUGCUAUCUGGCCGGAAUGGAUCUACUUCACCGAGUAUCAAUGCUUCCAGAUAAGGUGGAUGGCUCCUUGGGCUGGUCCCUGUAUUUGGCCCUGAUUUCCUCCCCUCUCCACAUGAUGUCUGCUGCUCUGCUGGUGUGGGCCGCACGAAGCCACAGUCAAAACUACUACCGCAUGACGGCGUACAGGGUGGCAUAGACUCACACGGCUUCCCUUCUGUUAUUUAAUGCCCCGCUUUCAUACCAAGAUGCAGUGGAAACAACGUCACGGCAGCGGGAUGUGGGUUAAUCUCUGUGUUGUGCCCCUUAAUGGAUUAAAGUGCACGUUGAGCACUCGGAACAAC